GAUUUGGAUUGUAAAUGGAUGUGCUGUGCUACACAAACACAUCUACAUCUUGUGCCAGCUUGACACUGGUUUCUUCUUCUGGUUUCGUCAGACGUGUGCUGCAUCAAACCUGCCGAGAACAACAGCCUUUUAAAGUCAUCGACCUGGAAUCCCCGAAGUUCUCCUCACUUUCCAAUUUCUCUUAUCAGACUUUCAGAACGGUCUGUUUUUCUCUGUUGCUCCACUGACCUCUUUUCCAGGUGUGUCUUCUAUCAGAUCGUCCCUGUGCCAGCAGAAGUGUCAUCCACAGUGUAUCUUCUAUGUGCUGCCUUCUUGGCCAGGGCGCACUUGUAAAAGAGAUCUCAAUGUGAUUUCCUUCCCUGGUAAAAUAAAGCAAGAACAAGAGUGAGUAUAGAAGACCGUACAGAUGGAUACGACGUGCUUGGAAUCUUCCUCAUGCUUGAUUAUAUCUAUACUUCUGAUAUUGUGUCUGCCGCUGUCAGCCACAUCUCAUUUUCCUUCCCAGAAUGCAACAGUGUAUUUGGGAUCUAGUUUCAUCCAGGAAGCUUUACGCAGAGCCAGAGAGCUGACAGACGCCGCGUACGCUCACACCAAUGACAGGGUGAAGACGUCCGUAUCAGAGGGUUCUGUGCGACCCAGUGACCUGCUGGCCUUGUUUAAACAAACCGGCCCUAAAACCAGAAGCCAUGUCCGAUCUGCUGAGUUUCUGGAUAAUACUGUAGAGCUGAUUAGAGAGAUGGUUUACACAAACUCCAUGGACAAACCCGACCCCACUGAGCUUUUCAGUGCAGAAGACAUGGAGACCAUACUGCAGGUUACAGGCUGUUCCUCAGAGACACUGAGCCCCGUGUGUAAAUCUGACUGUCUGUCCAAACGUUACCGUACCAUCACAGGACACUGCAACAACAGAGAAAACCCUCAAUGGGGGGCGGCAAACACUGCUUACACCCGCUGGCUUUCGCCGGAGUACGAGGACCCUCGAGGAGCCCCCAGGGGCUGGAACCCAAAACACACCUACCACAACCACACACUGCCACCUGUCCGCAGCGUGUCGCAGGAGGUUCUGUACACUCAUAACGAGAACAUCUCUCUGGACAUGUCUCUGUCUCAUCUGCUGGUGGAGUGGGGUCAGUGGAUCGAUCAUGACCUGACUUUGACCCCUCAGAGCCCCAGCACAGCAGCCUUUAAGACCGGAGCGGACUGCACACAAACCUGCAACAGAGACACACCGUGUUUUCCAAUACAGAUCCCUCUCUCCGAUCCUCGCACAGGGACUCAGAGCUGCAUGCCGUUUUUCCGCUCUGCUCCCAGCUGUACGAUUCCACUCGGUCACCGGGAGCAGCUGAACGCUAUCACGGCAUUCGUGGACGCCAGCAUGGUGUACGGGAGCUCAGAUGGGCUCAGCGAGGCCCUCAGAAACCUCUCGUCCCCUCUCGGCCUGCUCGCCGUCAACCAGCUCCACUCAGACCAAGGGCUCGGCUUCAUGCCCUUCCUGACCCGCACGCAGAUGAACCUUGACCCCUGCGGCCCACGGGAGCGGAUCGACCCCGUCCCACUCUCAGAGACACAGCAAAGGCUCAACAUAUCCAUGGGGAACAGAUCGUUCUGUUUCCAAGCAGGUGACUCCCGGGCCAAUGAGCACUUGGGUAUGAUCGCUUUGCACACGCUCUUUCUGAGAGAACACAACCGAUUGGCUGAGGAGCUUCACAAGCUCAACCCACACUGGAGUCCGGACACGCUGUACCAGGAGGCCAGAAAAAUACUGGGCGCAGUCCACCAGAUCUUGACAUGGGAUCACUACUUGCCCCGAGUCCUGGGACACAGUGCUUACCUGGCCCUCAUGCCCCUAUACAAAGGUUACAACCCCACGGCUGACCCCAGCAUCUCAAACAUUUUCUCCACCGCUGCCUUUCGGUUUGCACACGUUACCGUGCAUCCGGUUGUGAACCGCCUCGGACCUGAUUACCGGUUGAGCCCUGAGCACCCGGCUCUGCCGUUACACCACUCUUUGUUUGCAUCCUGGAGAGUCGUGCAAGAAGGUGGCAUUGAUCCUGUGCUGCGUGGUUUGCUGUUGUCCCCAGCUAAACUGCAGACAGCAGAUCAGAUGAUGGUGGAGGAACUGACCGAGAGGCUCUUCCAGGCUCAGGGAGGGCUGCCACUCGACCUGGCGGCGUUAAACCUGCAGAGGGGUCGAGAUCACGGCCUACAAGGUUACAGCGCGUGGCGAGAGCUCUGCGGUCUCUCAGCUCCUGUGAAUGAGUCUGAUUUAGCAGGCAUUCUGGGUAAUGGAGUUCUGGCCAGGAAGCUGCUGCAUCUCUAUGGAACAGCUAAGAACAUAGACGUGUGGGUCGGGGCCAUUUCAGAGCCGGCUCUGCCCGGGGGCCGUGUGGGGCCGCUGCUGGCCUGCCUGAUCGCCAAACAGUUCGAAGCGCUCCGAGACGGUGACAGGUUCUGGUGGCAGAAUGAAGGUGUGUUCAGCUCCGCUCAGAGAGACGCGCUGCGCACCACAUCUCUGUCCCGCAUCAUUUGUGACAACACACACAUCCAGCUGGUGCCCUUUGACCCUUUCGCGCACACACUCCACCCAGACGAGCUUCUGUCCUGUGCACACAUCGGCCACAUGAACCUCUCAGCGUGGAGAGAACCUGACACUGACCCGGUCUGUGGCGCGGUCCCGCGCUUGAGUCUGGGUUUCUCUAUUCUGUGUGAAUCUGCUGUGAUUUAUCAGUGUCCUGCUGGAUACCUGCUUCAGGGAGCCACACAAAUCAGCUGUGACCCCAACACCCAGCUGUGGACCCCACAACCGCCCACCUGCCUAGAUAUUGAUGAAUGUUCUGCUCAUCCGUCCGUCUGUCCUCCACACCUGCAGUGCUUGAACACACCUGGAGGUCACACCUGCACCGAACCUGCAGCUCCGCCCCUUUCCGCCGCCUCCAUUGUUGCGUCAGUGAUGUCAGUCCUAGGGGGCGUGGCUUUGAUAGUGCUCUUCCUCGGCUGCUACCAAAGAUUUAUCAUUCGGAAAGCCGAGCCGGCGAGCGCAGAAUGCUGUCAGAGAAGAAGCUGAAAUGGAGUCAAGGUGAAACUGGUUUGGAAAAUCAUUUGCUCUGUGUUCACAUGUUCAAUAUUCCAGUUUCAUAACCACAGUCUGAUUUCACAACCUGAAACACUGUUUGAAUGAAACCUGUGUGAACAUGAAUGGAAGCAUUUCUAAGAUUUCUCCCAGUGUUCUCGCCCUUUGUCUGGGCCCUCCCUCAUGUGACGUCACAUCAGCUGAUGUACAGACACACUUGCUUUAAUGCAUACUUCUCAGUUUUCUGUUGUUAAUAGGUCAGUGAGAUCUUUUUAUAUUUUUUUUAAAGAAAUUAAUACUUUUCUUCAGAAAGUACAGCUUAAAUUGAUCAAAAGUGACAGUAAAGAAAUGUAUGAUGUUACAAAAUACUUCUAUUUUAAAUAAAUGCUGUUCUUUUGAACUUUUUGUUCAUCAAAGAAUCCUGAAACAAUAAUGUUCCCACAUAAAAUAUGAAGCAUCACAACCGUUUUCAACAUUCAUAAAUGUUUCUUGAGCAGUAAAUCAGUAUUUUUGACUGUUUUCUGAAGAUCAUGUGACUGGAGUAAAGAUGCUGAAAAUACAGCUGCGCAUCACAGGAAUAAAUUACAUUUUAAACUACAUUCAAAAUAAUAUUUAACAAUAGUACUGUUUUCAACUGCAUUUGUCAUCAAAUAAAUGCAACCUUGCUGAGCAGAAGAGACUUCUCUCAAAAACAACAAAAUCCUACCGACCUCCAAAUUUUGAACGGUAGUGUCAAUCUUUGUAGCAGAAUAUUAAUAUUUGUUCAUAGACAUCUAAUUAGUUACUUUUGUGCUAACUUCUGUUUUUGCUGAUGUAAAUUAUGUGCCGUGUGUUCGUUCCUACAUAUGAUGAACUUAACCUCAGCCAAUAGAAUCUAAGAUUGUGCUGUGACAUCAUGCAUAUAUGUAUUAUACAUUUAAAUAAGCUUAGACAUUGACAUAAUGUUUAAAAACUAUGAUUUUAAGCAUCAUAAAUGCACUACUGGAACGAUCCAGAAAUGGCAAAUGAGUGUUUUUACAGGAUUUUCCUCAUAAAAUCAUAAAUAUAUACCAUGAGUAUGUGUUUGUACGUUCAUACACAAACUAUUUUGAAUAAAGCACACGGUUCUUACAUGAAGCUAUAAAGUUAUCUUUGGAAAACGCAUUCAUUAUCCACAAGACAGAACUGAGUCACACGUUUAUAUUCUGAAGAUGCUUUUAAUGGAGUUUAAAGGUCAUCUGAACAUGAGGCAACAGACCUGAGGGUAGACGCCAUCUUUAAUGUGUCACGAAUGAAAACAAGGCUGACAAAACAUAUUUCCCAAACAUUUCCAGUUAAAAAAAACGAAACAAGAGAGAAAACCCAACCUACUGAAAGCAUGUUUUCACACAUAUCAAAUUAAAUAUGACAGUCCACCACAAGCGAGUUCUACACUGUAAACACUGUUUUUGUGCCGUAAGACAGCGAUUGUCAAUCACUCAUGCAACAGUUAUAAUCUAGUGUACGGAGUGUGAUGCAUCAUGGUACAAGUACCAUAACUUGUGUACAAUGUUAAGCAUUCAUAACAUAAGUGCUGCUGCAUGCACGAGCGUCAGUAACAGACACUUGCAUAGAGAAGAUCUCUGGAGGAUUGUCCAUUCAAAGCUGUAAACCGAUAAUGUGCACAGAAAUCACCGUAUAUGGUGUAUAUGCAUUGCACAUGAUGGUGUAGUCCUGCAGAUGAAGCUCUAGCAGAAUGGAUUCUAUUGCUGGAAUGACUAGAAUUAUGAGUUUCCAACUAGCAUUAGCAUUCAGUCUUCGUCAAACCGGUGAUGAGCUGUUGUUAACAGAUUUGAAGAACAUACAGGAUGCUGGAAUAUCAUCCUUUUUAUGUUCCGACUAGAGCGAAAACAACAGAAGACUUCUUCAAAUACAAGACAAUUAUUUUACUAUCUUUCUAGAAAGAAAAAC